AUGCAACACUAUUACAAAGACAAACCGUCACGGGUGAAAAGAAAGAAAAGUAUCAAACAAGCUUGGGCGUUAUCCGAGCAGAUCGCGAUGACCAGAUCGCAUUUUGUACAGACUCUAAUAAAAUACUCCAAGUUAUAUUGCAAAUACACGAAACUGGCAGGAUUCAGAUACUUCGUGGAGUCUAAAACAACGUGGUUCGACAGAACUCUGUGGUUCCUGAUGUACGCGGUCACGGUACCCGCGAUGGUUUACAUGGUUUACAACAGUUAUCUGGAAUUUAUGGAGAAUCCGUUGUUCACCAGCGUCGAAACCGAAUACUUCCCGACGCACGAGCUCAAUUUCCCGGGUAUAGCGAUUUGCAGCGUGAACCGAAUAAGUCGUCAAUCGGCCACGAAAUUAGCGAACGAAAUUUCCGCGGCCAAUAUCACCGAUCUAUCGCUCGACGAGAUCUUAGGGGCGAUCUUCCAGCUGGGCGAUCUCUACGACUCCGAGUUCAUGAUGCAAAGUACCUAUCAAAUCGACCAACUUCUCACGAUCUUCUACAACGGCUCCUACAGCAUCACCGAACUGAUGAAACGAGUGAGCCCAAUUACACGCACGACUAACAUAACUUUAACACAAUUCCUGUUCCGCUAUAAUUCCCCUCCACAAACGUUUCAGUUAACGCCACAGUGUUCCUCCAUGCUGUCAAAGUGUCGGUUCCACGACGAGGAACGAAACUGUUCCGAGCUGUUCGCAUUCCGCAAGACGCAGGACGGUUUCUGUUGCACGUUCAAUUAUGCCACCAAAGGGGACGAUACGCAUUUCACGAGUCGUGAGAACGGGACGGAUCAUCGACUGGAGCCGAUCAAGGUUGAAAAUUUGACCGAGAGCGGUGGGCUGUCGGUGCUGUUGGAAUCAUCUCUGGACGAUUACUUCUACCCUAUUUUCCCCAGUGCCGAGUGGAAGGUGACGAUCUUCAAUCCCCACGAUUAUCCGGACAUGACCAGCGGAGGAGUAAUCGACUUUCUGGUCUCGCCAAGGAAACACCGGAGUGUGGAAUUAGAGGCAAUCGUGUUCUACAGUAUAAGGAACAUUAUACCAUAUCCUCUUGAGAAACGAGACUGCGUGUUCCAGGAUGAAAUGACUUCCUUUCACAUGUUUUACACUUACAGCGACUGCAUCGUCGACUGCAAGAUAGAGGACAUAUGGAACAUUUGUAGAUGCGUACCUUUCUUCUUGCCUAAUCGAACUAAAUGGUUCUCCGUCAUACCACACGAGAAUCUGUACAACAUCGAAGAUGUGAAGGAUAUUCUGAGUUGCGGUAAAUGCUAUCCCGAAUGCAACGCUGUAAAUUACAAUGCCAAGAUAUCUAUAGCCGAUUUGGAAUCGAAUCAACACGUCGCUGAAUUAUUAGAUAACGUGGACAUCAAGAACCAAUCGGUGCUAACGAUAUACUUCAGAAAGUACGGCACGAUCAGAUUGAGGCAAGAUGUGAUUUAUCGUUGGUACGAACUCAUGGGUGACGCGAGCGGUAUUUGCGGCAUCUUCGUCGGUUUCAGCCUGAUUGCGAUCGUCGAGUUCGCUUAUUUCGUCGGCCUGUUCAUGCUCGAGCUUUUAAAGGGACCAAGUUCGUCUGACGGGGACGGGAAACGGGCCGAGAGCAAACAGCCACCGAUACAAACGAUUUAUUGGGAAGGGAUUAAAUAUCUCUUGGCGGAUUACACGGCGGAAGAUGCAGUCACUAGCAAUUCCUCGUCGCGACAUUAUUGCGUUAGGACAUUGUUCUCAUUGAUCGAGAAGAACACACGGGGAUUGAGUCAGACACAUGCCCUGCUCGUAAUCAAGAAAAGGAUCCGCGAACAUCAAAGGGUGAGACCUCAAUCAAAUCCAAUACCGUCGUCGUGA